UCCUCAGGCGGAAACCGGAAGUUCGUCACCAGCCAGCUGCCAUUUUGACGGUAACAGCGAAGAGAAACUGCGUGUUUGUUGUUCAGCGGUCUUAUUUCCACACAAAACAUUUCACCAUGGCUAUGCAAGCGGCGAAACGCGCUAAUAUCCGAUUACCUCCUGAGGUGAACAGAAUCCUGUACGUCAGGAACCUUCCCUACAAGAUCACAGCUGAGGAGAUGUACGACAUCUUUGGGAAAUAUGGACCAAUACGGCAGAUCAGAACAGGGAACACACCUGAAUCAAGAGGAACGGCCUAUGUGGUUUAUGAAGACAUCUUUGAUGCCAAGAACGCCUGUGACCAUCUGUCAGGCUUCAAUGUCUGCAACCGCUACCUGGUGGUCCUCUACUACAAUGCGAACAGAGCUUUCCAGAAGAUGGACACAAAGAAGAAAGAGGAGCAGUUGAAGCUCCUAAAAGAGAAAUACGGCAUCAACACAGACCCCCCAAAGUAGUGUUCUGGAGACCCCAACCACCACCCCACCCCUUCACUUCCACAAUCUGUACAAAAAUCACACUUUCCUUGGUUGAUGCUGGUAUUGAUUUACCGAUACAGCUGUUGAUUUACCGAUACCGAUGUUUUUUUUUAAAAUUCAUUUUGUUUAAUGAUAAGUUGGAAUUUUCUUUUUGUUUUAUUUUCAUCAUCAGGUGUGUGUGAACACUGCUUACACUGCAGUUGACACACAAGGGCAGGGAGCUGUAUGACGUUCACAUCGAAUACAGUUUCUCAGAAUUUUAACCUUUAAGUUUGAUUGUCAGAAGAGGACUUCAGAAUUUGGGCUGGUGUCAAGUGAUUGACAGGCGGGACAGGGGGGUGUAGAUAGUAACUGGUUGUAGUAUCACCCUGGGAAAGAUGUUGAGACGCCAGAGCAGAUUGUCUUUUCGUUGUCACUCUACUUUUUACUUUUACAAUCUCCUAAUUUAAAGCCAGCCACAGUCACGCGAUGUGUGAAAUGAAAUUGAGUUGACCGACUAUGUAAAGUAUAUGGUUCCUGUAAAAUAAAUGUUCCUUUUUCUAAAA